AUGGCGGCCGCCUUUCGUUAUAGCUCAUCGCUAACGGUGAAUUCAUCGAAUGCAGGCUCAGAAACGGAUGAGCAGCUCCUUCCCCAUCGGCCAUCGUUUCCUCCGUCAAGAGGCAGUUACCAGCAAGAGACGCAGCAACAGCACAACCUUCCCACCUUGUCGCACCGACUCCGCCACGACGCAUCUAUCCUCGCGCUUGCCCUGUCGAACAACGCAGUGUUUGCUGGGACACAACGCGGUGAGAUUCUCGUCUACUCUCUCGACACGUACGAGCGCAUCGCUCUGCUCGAAGCGCACAAGAGCAGCGUCCUCGACCUCUGCAUCUGCGAAGAUGAGAAUUUGCUCUUCUCCAGCGCCGCAGACCGCAUCACGAACGUCUGGGACUUGAAGACGUAUCAACACGUCUACUCGUUAUACUCGCGCUACGAUACCGGCGAUGUCUUUUGCGUCGCAUACUCAUCACUCCUACGCACCGUUUACCUCGGAGCUCAGAACACCAGUAUCCAGUGGUACGACUUGAAAGAGAAGGAUAAGAGACCCAAGCCGAAAAAGAAUGAUCACCCCUCCUUGAGACAAGACCCUUUCUUCGACUCGCGCGGACCUGGUGGAGUGCAGACUCCCAGACCUGCCGAUCACGGUCUUCCUGCUCGUCAUGCUGCUGGAGGUGAAGUCUUGGAGAUUGAUCGGGAUAACAUCAAGCACUUUGCUCACUUUGGCUACGUCUACUGCAUGAUGUUGGCAAAGGGCGUCGUGCCAGACGCGCCUGGCGAUCAGGUCUUGAUCUCUGCUGGUGGAGACGGUGCGAUCAACCUCUGGACCAUGGAUGCCGACCGUGGAGGUGCCGUUGACCUUCUCUACAGUCUUGAUGACGGUAGAGAGGAAGGCCAGUCCAUCCUGUCCAUUGCCAUUGACGGCACCUUUCUCUACUCUGGUCGCACUGGUGGUGAAGUCAACGUCUGGGACCUCGAGACGAGACAGCUUGUCAGAAGCUUGAAGGCACACAGAGACGAUGUCCUAUCUAUCUGCAUAGGAGGCGGAUACAUGUUCUCGGCCGCCGUCACCGGUUACGUCAGAAAAUUCGACCGUCAAUAUCAAUGCGCGAGUAGACUUCACGCUCACGAGGGUCAGAUCUUGACUUCAGCUUUCACUUACUACAAGGGCAAACCCAUGUAUGUUACUGGAGCCAACGAUAACACUGUCGCUGUUUGGGAUGUCAGCGACUGCAUCAUGUCUCCCACGGCCGUCAAGAGAACGACCGACGAACAGAUGUUGGACCAUCUCAAGCGUUUCAUCUCUUAUCGUACUGUUUCUUCCGACCCCAGAUACAAGGCUGACUGUCGUCGUGGUGCUUCCUAUCUCCGCUCCGUCUUUAAGAGCUUCGGUGCUGCUACCGAGAUGUUGCCCACCGAGGACGGCUCAAACCCUGUCAUCCUCGCUCGCUUUAGAGGUAACCCAUCCACUGCAGCCACCAGGAAAAAAGUCCUGUUCUACGGUCACUAUGACGUUGUCGCUGCCGACAACGAGCAAGGCAAAUGGGUCACUGAUCCUUUCGUCAUGGAAGGCAUGGACGGCUACCUCUACGGCAGAGGCACAUCAGACAACAAGGGUCCCAUUAUGGCAGCCAUCUUUGCCUGCGCCGAACUCAUGUCUGAACAAGCUCUGGGCUCAGAUGUCAUCUUCUUAAUCGAAGGUGAGGAAGAAAGUGGUUCGCGUGGAUUUGCAAAGGCUGUCAAGCAGCACAAGUAUAUCAUUGGAGAUGUCGACUGGAUCCUGCUUGCUAACAGUUAUUGGCUGGACGACUCGAUACCCUGCAUCACCUACGGCCUUCGUGGUGUUGUUCAUGCUACUGUUCAAGUGGAAAGUGAUCACCCUGAUCUGCACAGUGGUGUUGACGGAAGCUCACAGCUUGACGAACCUCUAAAAGAUCUUGUCAUGCUCCUUUCCACCCUCACAGGUACUCACGGCAAGAUCAAGAUUCCAAGCUUCUACGACCCCAUCCCAGACUUGAGCAAAGAGGAGGAGAUCCUAUACGAGGACAUUACACAAGCACUAGUUGCAAGAAAUCCUGAUCUUGGUGAUCCUCACGACCUCGCUCUCUCACUGAUGCGCCGCUGGCGUGAAGCCUCUUUGACGGUUCACCGCUUCCAAACUUCGGGCCCCGCAAACGCAACUAUCAUCCCUAGACUUGCAAAGGCAGCACUAUCACUCCGUCUGGUACCCAACCAGGAAGCAGACACUGUUGGUGAUGCGUUGAUCAAGUACUUGCAGUCAGAGUUCAACAAGCUUGGUUCGCACAACCGCAUGACCGUCACAAUCGACCAUCAAGCCGAGCCCUGGCUGGGUGACUUCAACAACCAGAUCUUCCAAACUCUCGACAAGGCAAUCAUGGAUGUCUGGGGUCCCAUCCCAGAAGUGCCCCAGCAUCGCAGAAAAUCCUCGCUCGCAGUCAGCAAGGAGAACGUCCUCAAGGUCACGAUACCAAAGAAGGAAGACAUACAGAACAUGCACGCAUCCAAGCCCUCACCCACAACCUCAACAGUCCUCGCGAACGGUGGACCAAACACUUCUGCACUAUCGGAUAUUACCAACGACAGCAUCAACUUGCCCAUACAGCAACCUUCUACCAAAAAGUCGCGCACAAAGCCUCUGUACAUUAGAGAAGGUGGUUCGAUUCCUGCCAUCCGCUUCCUCGAGAAGGAGUUUGGAGCCCCAGCUGCACACUUUCCUUGUGGACAGGCUUCUGACAGCGCCCAUCUGGACAAUGAGCGUCUUCGCUUGACCAACCUCUACAAGAGUAAGGACAUCUUUAAGCGUGUGUUUAAAGAUUUGCCUAUGAAGUGA